UUCAUUUGUUUUGUAAAGUUGAAGUUAAAACAGUGAAGUAAGCGUGGGAAAUGUCGUUGUUUAAAAAACCGAAAAGAAACUUUAGACAGAGAAUCAAACAGUGUGAUUCUGACAAUGAAUUAAGCGACGAAGAAAAAAAAGCUAACAGCGGGAAUCUAAAAGAAGUUGCUUGUGAAAUAGGCCAAAAUCCGAAAGAGGUGUCUCUAGACACGGAAAGCCAAAACAAGUUAUUGGUAGCACCGAUUGAAAAGGAACAAACGGGAUUAGGCCUUACUUUAACCGGUGUUUCGUCUUCAGGAAUAGGUCUAGUACUAGAACCUAAUGCUAAAGAAAACGAAACAUCAAAUGUUGCUUAUGGUGAAAAGCCCGAUAUUAACUAUAUUUAUGAUGGUACAAAAUCCCGAAAAAAUCAACCAGCAACAAAGUUGUUGAGCUUUCAUGAUGAGGAAGAUGAAGUGGAAGUUUUCAAAGUAAAGAAGUCCCAUUACAGUCGAAGGUUAGCCAAACAACAGGCAAAAGAGAAAAAGAAACGCCAAGAAAAAGAUGAAAAGCUUGAUGUUCCUACUUUGGAAGAGGGUGAUAAAACAGUGGAUCAGAUGGAUGAUAAAGACAAUCGAAAGGAAGAACCAAUGGAAAUUGUUUCAGGAAAGGAAGCUGAAGAAAUAGAUGAAGAGUCAGACAGUGAAGAAAAACAAGAAGCCAAAAAACAGUUACAUUCUUUACAGAACCUUCUCUCCUGUGGAAAUAUACCUGAUGCUGCAACAAUUUUUGCUCUGAAGAAGCAGCGUCAGUUAGCAAGAGAAAUGGGUGAUUUUAUACCAGUUGAUGAUAAUGAGAGCAAGUCAAGACUGAUUAGAGAUGAUGAUAAUGAUCAAAGUGAAGAUGAAGAAGAAGGGAGGAUAAAUUUCACAGGAAUUAAUCCUUCAGUUCAAAGGCAGCAAGUGAAAGAUGCACUGUUGUCUGCAGAAAAUGUGGAAAAUGAAGAGCUAGAACAUGAAGAUGCAGCUGAGUUAGAGCGGUGGGAAAGAGAACAGAUCAGGAAAGGUGUGGGGAUUACUCAGGGUGUUAACCCACGAGAAGUUGGUGAUUCAGUUCUUUUACAUGCUGAUAUCCAUUUGGCAAGUGAAAAUGAAGAUUCCAGAGGUUCAUCUCACAGCUUCAGAAAUGGACGUUUGGAACCACCACGAGGGAUGGAUGUCCCUCCAACUUUCAAGAACAAAGAAACUAUAACCACUGAAGAUGUAAAGGCUCGGCUCCAAGACAGACUUAUUCAACUUGAAAACUUGUAUGAAACUCACUGUAAACAACAAACAACAUGCCAGAAUGAAAUCCUUGCAGCUGAGAAACACAUUAAAGAGCUUGAAAUAGAAAAACCAGUCUUGUCAGAGAAGUUUAGGUUUUACCAGGAGAUGAGGAACUACAUUAAAGAUCUUGAAGAGUGUUUGGAUAUCAAAUUACCUCAAGUAACUGCACUUGAAACAAAAAUACACAAUCUUCUUAAAAAGCGUGCACAAUGGCUUGUAGAACGUCGACACCAAGAUGUCAAGGAUGAAGCUGAGGAGUAUUCUACCAUGUUUACUAAGACUCUUCGAGGCCCCAGUUUAGCAGUACAGAGUGAUAAACCUAACAUCUUUGAUGAAACUAAACUGCUGCGUAAAGCUGAAAGAGAAGGUCGUAGAAUGAGAAGAAGAAAAGCUAGGGAAUCUAAAUAUUCUGCUUCUCCUCAUUAUGAAGGAAUGUCAUCAGAUGAUGAAGAACCAGAGACAGAACUAGUAGUUUUCAACAAACAGAAAGAAGCAGUUUUGCAGAAUGUGCAACAGAUAUUUGAAGAUGUUGUGGAAGACUUUGGAACAAUUACUGGGAUCCAGCAUGAAUUUGAAAUGUGGAAAACAAACUACCCAGAGUCUUACGAUGAAACUUAUGUACCGUUGUGUCUCCCAAAAAUCUUUGGUCCUUUUAUACGGUUAAGCUUAAUAUCUUGGAAUCCAUUAGAGGAACCAGUGGACUUAGAAAGUAUGUCAUGGUAUCAAACAUUAGCUUUUUAUAGCCUUUUGUCUUCAGAAGAUGAAGAUCCAGAUCUUCAACUUAUACCAAAAAUAGUAGAGAAAGUUGUACUUCCUAAACUGUCAGUUCUGGUAGGUGAAGUUUGGGACCCUCUUUCCACAACACAAACUUUACAUCUAGUUACACUGACAACAAGGUUGCUGAAUGACUAUCCAACUGUCUCUGGAAGUAGCAAACAUUUGCAAACUUUUCUUCAGAAAGUUGUUGUGAGGAUAAGAAGAACCUUGGAUGAGGAUGUUUUCUUACCUUUAUAUCCUAAAGAAAUUUUAGAACACAAAGGAUCAUCUGGAGCGCUAACAUUCUUUCAGCGACAGUCUUGGUCUUGUGUGAAGGUAAAAUUCAUUUUCAUCACAUGA